AUGCAACGUCUCACCGUCCUCCCACGCCCAGGUAGCAGCACACAGGCCCCGCAACCCCCGAUUCCCGGCCCGUCGGAAUCCGCGUUCCGGGACGUCUUCCCUUUUCCCCUUUUCCCCGAAGCGCGGUACCUGGAUACCGAGGUGGGGAGGGCGGCGUAUUACGUGUUUCUGCCGUUGGCAUCGUCGUCUCCAGGGCUUUCUUCUGCGCCUAUGGGAGUAGAGGCAGAGGUAGAGGCAGAGGCAGAGGCAGAGGCAGAGGCAGAGGUAGAGGUAGAGGUAGAGGUAGAGGUAGAGGUAGAGGUAGAGGUAGAGGUAGAGGUAGAGGUAGAGGUAGAGUCAGCAGCUCCAUCUCGCGUCCUGCUCCUCCACGGUGUGCAGACACCCGCUCUGGGGCUCCUGCCGCUGGCUGCCGCGCUGAGGGAAGAGGUGCCCCGUGCGGUGUUUGUGCUGGUUGAUCUGUGGGGCCAUGGACUCUCCGAUACGCCUGUUGUGGCGCACGAGGGGAGGUUGUUCGCCGGGUUGGUUGAGCGGGUGCUUGGGCAUCUUGGGUGGGCUGGUGAGGGGGUAGGGGAGGAGAAGGUGGCGGUCGUGGGGUAUAGCUUUGGGGCUGUGGUAGGGUUGGAGUGGCUUACUUCUUUCUCUUCUUGUUCCUCUUCUUCUUCUUCUUCUUCUUCUUCUUCUUCUUCUUCUUCUUCUUCUUCUUCUACCUCACCUUGUACUACCUCACCUCUUGCUGCGCGAGAAAAGAAAGGAAAUCAACACAUCCACAGCUUCACGCUCGUCGCGCCCGCGGGCCUGAUGCGAAGAAGCUGGUUCGAGGCGCAGCAGCAAGAGUGGCUGAGCACAGCGUGUCGAGGGGAGGACGAAGCUAGGGCGGCAGAGUGGGUGGUUCGCACGCUCGAAGGCGGCGAGUUACACGUGCCGUCGGACUGGCGCGAUCGAGUGCGCAAGGGCGAGGUGGUGGCGGAGAAGCUGAGGGCGUGGCAGAUGCAGCACCACGCAGGGCAUAGGGCGAGCGUGGUGGGUAUUUUCAGGGACGGAGGGGUGUUGGAUAACGAUGCGUUGUUUGCACGGGCGGGCCAGUUGGGGAUGCCGGGCUUGGUGGUGCUGGGGGAGGAUGACGGGCUGAGUAGCGAGGAGGAGGUGGUGAGGUUUGGGUGGGAGGUCAGGGUUGUGCCCAGGGCUGGGCAUGCGGUGGUUAGGGAGAGGGCGGGGGAGGUUGCGGAGCAUGUUGCGGCGUUUUGGAGGGGGGGGUGUGGGAGUGAUUUGAAGCGACUUGAGACUUGA